AUGCGUGUGGAGACCUGCCAUUUCUGCUCUCGCCCCGCUUUCCCGAGCAAGGGUAUCACAUUUGUUCGCAAUGAUGCCCGAGCAUUCCGUUUCUGUCGCUCAAAAUGCCAUAAGAAUUUCAAGAUGAAGCGUCAGCCCCGCAAGUUGAAGUGGACUAAGAGCCACCGUGCCGCCCGCGGCAAGGAGAUGAUUGUCGACUCGUCCCUGGUCCUCUCCCAGUUCGCCAAGAAGCGCAACGUCCCCGUCAAGUACGACCGCAACCUGGUUGCCGCUACUGUCACUGCUAUGCAACGUGUGGAGGAGAUCCGUUCACGCCGCGAGCGUGUUUUCACCAAGCGUCGUCUGGCUGGCAAGGCUGCUCGCGACCGCCAACGCGAGGCAGACCGCAAGGUCGUUGCCUCCGGCGAGCAUCUUAUUCGCAAGGAGCUCCGCGAUCGCGAGGCCAACCAGCCCAUGGUCCUGGAUUACAACAAGGCUGCCAACCGUGUUCAUGGAGAGGAUCUGCUCAAGCAGAAGAAGAAGACUCGCAUGUUGGUGGAUGGUGGUGCCGAGGAGGAGAUGCAGCUCGACGAUUAA